AUGUCAGACGUACGCCUGUCCAACGCCAGCCCGACCCUGGAGAGGACCGAUCCCCGGGUAGCAGAGCACCCCAAGCCUUCCGCCUGCAGGAACCUCUUCGGGACCUCCGUGGACCACGAAGAGCUCCACCGGGAUUUAAAAGUGCACUUGCGGGAAUUGGAGGCAGACGCGUCGGACAAGUGGAGCUUCGACUUCGCCAACGACGCACCGAUUCUCGCGAAUACUCGGAUAACCUGGGAGCUGGUGGAUUGUAGGACCGUGCCUGAUUUUUACACCCGGCAGCCGCACCCUGUGUUGUUGGGAGUACGGCCGAGGACAAGGACUGCGCAGGGGCGAGGAAAAGACACGCGUGCCAUGAACAUUCGGCCCAAAGCAAGAGGUCACACGGCGGCAGCGAGAGCCACUCUGCAGAGCGCACUCCCAGAAAGAGCAGCCCCACACGGCAGACGUAAGACUGGCCGCCGGGAGGAGGACCACAGCACCACAAACAUAUCAUCUCCCGAAGACGGAGGACGCUGUUGA